AUGGAAACACUCAAGCAUUUUCGGAUACCUAUUAAAAAUUGUCGUGGACAUGGUUAUGAUAACGCUCCCAACAUGUCUUGUAAGUACAAUGGUACCCAACAGCACAUACUUGCUGUUAAUCCAUCGUGCAUUUCUUCUCCAUGUGCCUGCCAUACACUAAUCUUAUAUGUAGUAGAUUCUGCAUCAUGUUGCACAGAGGCGGUUACAUUUUUUGGAGUAGUGCAAACAGUUUACAAUUUGUUUUCAUCCAGUUCUCUGCGCUGGGCUAUUUUCAAGGAGCAUGUGGACGAAUCCUUCCAAGCUUUGUCAGGUACUCGUUGGACAGACCGAGUGGCAAGUGUGAGACCAUUUACAGCUCAUCUUGUUGAAAUACGACUCGUGCUAAAGAAACUUCUGUCUCUCAACCUCAUGCCAAAAACCAUUAAUGAAGUCAAUGGUGUAAUCAAAUACGUGUCAUCCUUCAUUUGCAUCCUCAUGUCAUCGAUGUGGCUGAAGAUUCUCGUACAGAUCGACAGGAGAAAUCAGAUCAUCCAGGUAAGAGAUGCUACAGUGGAUGUAGAGGUCUCAAAUUCAGAGUCGCUCUUGACCGAUCUUGAUGAUCUACGUGGAAAGUGGCCACAAAUUUUAAAUAAAGCGAAACUGGCUGCUGAGGAAAUCGAAAUUGAACCCCAUCCUCCAUCAAAACGGAAAGUUAAAAAAGAGCAAGAGUUAUUGUCAUUGAGGAGGAGGAUGAACAAGGGGAGAACGUUCUAG